AAGAGGCGCACGCUCCGCAUCCCUCCGGAGUCGCUCCGAAGAAUUUCUUUACUUUCCCGUGCCUCGUUUUACGUCAGUGACACACCGCUCCCGUGACGAAAGCGGUCGAGCGGACACCAGAAUAAAUCAUACUCGGGAGGAAGAAAAUUCUACGACGAUAUAAAAUUGAAUAGUAGAUACAAGGAAUAUUCGGAGAAGUGUGAUAAAUUACUUUUGUGCGUAUUAUCAUUGGGAUUCUCUGGACGUUGAAGAGCACCGUCAAAGUCACGUAUUCCAUCGACACGAUGGCCGUGGAAAAUGCCAACGGAAGAAACAGAACGCUCUUUCCGUUUCGUUACUUGAUGGCCAUAAUGGGAUCGAUCGGCCUCGCCAUUCUUUAUGGGUUUAAAGUUAACGCUAGCGUGGCUAUCGUCGCUAUGGUGAAUCACACAGCCGUUAAAUCACACAUCAAAUUAUCCAUGUCGAACGAUUCGAAAACUGACAAUGCCACGCUAACGAGCACGAACAUUUGCCAGUUCGAUAGUAUCUCAAAUGUUACGAUCAAAGCCGAGGAUGGUCCGUUCGUAUGGAACGAACUUAUCCAGGGUCUCAUUUUGUCUUCCUAUUUCUGGGGCUACACAGUGUCCAUGUUGCCGAGUGGAAGAUUGGCAGAACUCUGGUCAGCCAAAUGGCUGAUGAACGUAUCAGUUCUGUUGAAUCUCGCUGCGUCCAUCCUGACACCGGUCGCUGCGCGUAUUCACUAUUGGCUCUUCAUAGCUAUGAGAGUUCUUCAGGGAAUCGGUGGUGGCGUAUCGUUCCCCGCCAUGCACGUGAUGAUCGCCAAGUGGGCGCCGCUGAAUGAAAGAAGUGUCAUAGCCUCGAUCGUGUACGCAGGGACGGCACUCGGCACCGUGAUAUCCGUUCUACUAACUGGCUUACUGGCCGCGAAUUUCGGUUGGGAAUCCAUCUUUUACAUUGAAGGGGCACUUUGCUUGAUUUGGUGCGUCCUUUGGUGGUUGAUGAUAGCGGAUUCCCCGGAGGAACAGACGAGAUUCAUCACUAAAGAGGAGAAGAGCUACAUCAUUACGUCUUUGGGAGGACACAAGAAGAAUAUUCCUAAAGCGGUUCCAUGGCCACAAGUAUUUCGUUCCAAGCCGUUCAUGGCGAUCCUGAUUGCCCAUUUCUGCAGCAACUUUGGCUGGUACAUGUUGCUUAUCGAACUGCCCACCUUUAUGAAUCAGAUCCUGAAGUUUGAUAUGAGCUCGAACGCAGGUUUAUCGUCCGUUCCGUUUUUGUGCAUGUGGCUCUUCACUAUGAUUCUCAGUAAAGUUUUAACUACCCUGCAGGGGAAAGGUCUGAUUACAGUGACUGUAUCUAGAAAAAUCGGCACUCUCCUUGCGUCGCUCGUACCCAUGGUGUGCUUGAUACAAGUGUCAUAUGUCGGAUGUGAUCGCAUGAAAGCCGUCGUACUGAUGACGAUCGCGGUGACUUGUAUAGGCGGAAUGUACUCCGGUUUUCUGGCAAAUCACAUAGACAUCGCACCGAACUUUGCCGGUAGUUUAGUGGCGGUAACGAAUUUCGUCGCCACCAUACCCGGUUUCGUCGUACCGAUAUUUGUAGGACAAUUGACUCACGGAAAUCAAACCAUAGAAGCGUGGAGGAUCGUAUUCCUCGUAACAAUCAUUCUAUAUAUAAUUGAGAUAUUAGUUUAUACUAUCUUUGGGAGCGGCAAUGAACAACCUUGGAACCAGAUUGAAGCACCUGACGAGGAAGCGAACGAUCAAACACUGCCUUUAAGGAGAAAUAAUACAAAAUAGAAAA